AGAACGGAUUUUAAUUUUAAAAAAUUCUUUAUGGUAAAAUUAUUCCAUUGGGGAUUUAUUUAUUCUAAGGGCGAAGAUUCUCUGUAUAUAUAUAUCUCGGAAUAAUCUGCUAUUGUCGAUUGUGAACUUUAGAUGCUUGACACAAAAAUAGAACCUAUAGAACGAUUCUACGAAUCAUUCGACGAGAAGAAUGACGUUGGAAAGGGAAGGUUUGGAGUUGUAAAAUUGUGUUCUCAAAAGUUUACGAAAAAAAUUUAUGCGGCCAAAUUUUUUAGCCCUUACAAUGCCAUGGAAAAAGAAAACGCGAUAAAUGAAUUUGAUAUUUUAAAAUCUUUGCAUCACCCAAACAUCGUUGAAUGUUACGGGGCCUUCGAAACUGGCAACGAAUUUAUCUUGGUUUUAGAAUAUGUCUCUGGAGGAGAACUCUUCGAGAAAGUUGUGGACGAAGAUUUUUGCUUGACCGAAAAAGAUUGCCAAAAUUAUGUUCGGCAGAUUUGUUUGGCCCUCCAAUAUUUGCACACGCAUAGUAUAAUACAUUUAGAUUUAAAACCUGAGAAUAUUAUGUGUGUCCACAAUUCGGCUCAUAAGAUCAAGGUUAUCGAUUUUGGACUUGCUCAACGUUAUAACCCCGGUAAAAAAAUUAAAGUUCUUUUCGGAACACCUGAAUUCAUGGCCCCCGAGGUUGUUAACUAUGAGGAUAUUGACCUUAAUACGGAUAUGUGGAGCUUGGGUGUAGUCGCCUAUGUUCUACUAUCAGGAUUAUCACCUUUUAUGGGGGAAAGUACUGGCGAAACUUUAAGCAGUAUAACUAAAGCAGAAUUUGAUUUCGAUGACGAAGAGUUUGAUGAAGUUUCCAAUGAGGCCAGAGAUUUUAUCAGCAAAUUACUCGUAAAAAAUAAAAGUAAAAGAAUGACUUCGACUCAAGCAUUAGACCAUCCAUGGUUAAAUCCGACACCCGAAAAGAGAAAAUUAAGAAGGAUAAAUACCAAAAGGCAUCAAAAAUAUUUGGUUCAUCAUAGAUGGCAGCAAGCAAUCGGUGCUAUCAAAACUAUCAAUAUUCUCAAUUUAAAAGAUCGUGAAAAUAGAUCUUUAAAUCGACGAGGUUCGGCUCUCAUGAAAAGCUCGAAAAGUGAAAUUUCACUCAAUACUCUAAAACCUUUAAUCACCCCAAAAUAUUCACCUCUUCCUUUAAAUAAAAAGCCAAGCAUCACUCCCAAAGUUCAACCCCCUUCCUCUAUUCAAAUAUUCAUGCCAUCACCUAAACCUAUCUCUUCAAACGCUUCCUCGAAUAACUACGUACUCAAUAAAGAUAAAUCUCCACCCAAUUCCAACAAUGCAAAAACCAUAGAUAACAAACCCCUCCCAAAUUCGUCAACUUUCCCUAAGACCACUCGGCAUGUAGAAUUUGAAAAGCAAAAUACAAAACCAAAUCAAAGUUUUUUCAAUACUCAAAAUGCAAAAUCUUCUAGCGAAAUAACCAUCAAUCCUUUACCAUCUUCAUUUGAUUAUAAUAAGAGAAAUACUCUAACGGGAACGACUAUCGACCUUAAUUCCUCAGAUUCGAAACGGAAAAAGGAAUCAGUUACUAAUACCCCAAAUCAAGAAUAUAAGGGUAAUACACCUAGAAAUCAUCAUAGCAUGGCUGAAAAUUUCUUCAAGCCCAUCAGCAAUUUAAGGAGAAUGUUCACUCAUGCUAAACAUGAUGGUCGAACAGGAAAAAAAUAAAAAUAUAUUUCUAAAAAAUGCGAAA